GCGUAGGUAUUUAACAAAGUGGUACCAUAGAUUAUGCUAGUAGUUUAACGGAUUAUUACUCGUGACAACGUAAUUCCAAGAUAAUUGGCAAACAGUUCUAACUGUAUCUAUCUAACUAACGGUAUCUAAGUGCGUUGUGUCUUCAAGAGUAAAGUUCACGAUUUAAUAUGAGUUUACUUUGCCAAGUAACAGAUGGGGAAUUUAGCCUGGAAUUGGUUCAAGUAUUAUUUAGACAUGGAGAUAGAACACCACGUGAAAAAGAAAUAUCGCCAGUCGAUUAUCAUAACAUAUCAAUUUAUGAACCGUGGGGUCUUGCUCAGCUGACGAACGAAGGAAAGAUGAGGGAAUAUCGGAUCGGAACGAUGUUGAAAGAACGUUACGGUAAAUUCUUGGGAGAUAUUUAUCGUCCUAGCGAUGUUUAUGCGUAUAGUACGGAUCACGACCGAACGAAAAUGUCUCUUCAAUUGGUAUUGGCUGGACUCUAUCAUCCAAAUCCAUUGCAAACGUGGAAUCAAAAUUUAUCGUGGAUGCCUAUACCGAUUUAUUAUAUGCCAGAGAAAAUCGAUAAUAUGCUGAAACCGGAUCUUUCUCCAUUAUAUAUGAAGGCUGUAAACGAAGUUAGAAAUACGGAAGAGAUUCUUCGAAAACUACAAUCCUAUAAAGAUCUAUUCAAGCUACUUAACGAAAAGACUGGUCUGAAUAUAACGACAACGCAUAUGGCAUAUGAAGUAUACAACCAAUUUGUAGCACAGGAAACCAUGAAUCAUUUAUUGCCAGAAUGGUAUACCGACGAAGUUUCCAAAAAGCUACAAGAUAUCGUGAAGAUAGAAUACGAAAUUCGUUCCUACACGCCGCUUUUGAAACGAUUGAACGGCGGUGUGAUUAUCAAAAGAUUCAUUGACAAUAUUCGAAUAAACGAGAAACGCGAUAGACCAAGAAAGAUUUACUUGUAUAGCGGGCAUGAAGUAAAUAUCGCUGCUGUUGUAAGAGCACUCAACCUAACCGAACCUGAGAUACCGCCUUACGGAUCUGCGAUUAUAUUUGAGAAACUGAAGGAUCUAAAUAACAAGGUCUACGUCAGGAUGCUAUUCUGGAACGGAGUUACGGACAAAUUGAAAGUUUAUAAAAUUCCAGGAUGCGAAGAAAUUUGUCCAAUUGAAGAAUAUUUAAAUAUCGUAAAUGACUUGCUUCCAUCGGACGAAGAAGUUAACCAUAAAUGGGAUUAUUUAUCGAAAGAGGAGUUACAACAAUUAUACGUCGAAACGCUUAAUGUUAAUUAAACGUUGGUCAUAUUAUAACAAAGAUAUAAUUGCGACACGAAGUAACGCUUAAUAUAUACGAAAGAUAGAAAUUUCUUUACAAACUAUCGUAAACCAAUGACGUAUCAUAGCAAACUGAUAACAACAUGUACUUAUAAUAUUAAGUAUUUUCAAAUUUUUCUUAUGUUCAAUGAAUAAUCUUUCGAAACAA